AUGGCUGCCAUCAAGAUGGAGAAUGAAGAUAAGUUGAAACGUCUUAUUUAUUUAUGUAAUAUAGAACCAAAAUACUACUGUGGAGGCCCUGAUAAGUAUGUGAAAGUUUCGAAAUCUAAAUGGGACUUACUUAUUGAAAUGCUUAGAGAUAACCACGAAGAAUUGUUGAAAAUAAUAUUGGCAGCUAGUGAAGAUAAGCUUGUACCAUAUCGUUCAUACAUAUUAAAGAUUUUGGCGUAUGCAAUCAAAAUGGAAACUGCCACAAAAGAAAUCAAGCCUCAAAUAUGUUCUACAGCACUUAACAUCUGUAAAUCAGACAAAGAAUUCUUUGAUUUCAUUAAAUAUGCCACAUCAUUUAACAGGAGUAAAAUUUCAAAGACAGUAAGGAAAACUGUUCAGAAUUUUUACAAAAAUAAGACGGCCUUUGAGUUGGCUCAAUCUUAUGCUAAUAGCAGGAGUUUUCAUGGGUGGUCUCACAAAGAUCUAAUCAAGUUAGCUCACAUAAAAGCUGAAAAUCCUGUUAAAAAUAUGGUGAUAAACUACAUAUUGUUUCAAAAACUCAAUGAAAAAAGUAAUGACGAGGAAACAGCAAUAAUUGAUGUUAUGCAGAAAGCAGAAACUUUAAGAAAAACCAGAGAUCAUAAGGUUGCAGUCCCUAUAAUAAAAGAGCUGAAAGCAACAAUUGAGCAUGUUGAACCAAGUCUUCGUAAAUCUGCUGAAGUGUGGAACAGUGUAUUACCUAAUAUGUCAUUAUCUGAGAUAUUACAAGUGUUACCAAAACUUUACAAGCUAGGAUUUUUGAAAAAAGAUGCUCCUACACAAACGAUAGUUAACGAAUCUUUGACGAAUGUCGCUAAAGUUAAAGACAGUGGAAUUCAUCCAAUAGAAGUUUUCAUUCAUAUGAAAAAUUUCGAGAAAGGAGGAAAACCUCUAGACCCAAAAUUGCUGCAACAUCUAACGGUAGAAAAGAAACUCACAGAUGAUGAACUCCAGAAAGUUAAAACACGAAAUGAGGCAAAAUGUCCCAUUGUCCUCAAUAAUCUGCAGAAAUGCAUGAACAUUUCUUGUAGUAAUGUGCAAGGUAUUGGGAAGAGAUAUUUCGUCACUAUCGAUACAACAGAUAAAAUGGACACUCCGUGUUUGUCAAACAAAAAUAUCACCGGAGUGGAGGCGGCAGCUGCAUUUGCUUGGUACUUGUUGAAAGUAGAGAAGGACGUUACUGUGGCAGUUUUCAAGGAAAAGGAAAUCUCAGUGGUUCAACUAGACAAGAAGGGACACCUUUAUGAACAUGUUCAGAAAUUAAGAGAAAACAAAAACAAGUAUUUGCUGCUCUCAGCACCAAUUGAGUGGGCUACAUCUCAUAAAAAGCAUGUUGACAUUUUCAUGAAUUUCGUUCAUCAUAAAGAAUAUUAUACCACCAUUCCAAAAGAUGUGAGAGAGAAAAUGACGAAACCGGCCGAUGCUCUUCAGAAAUACAAGAAAAAAGUCAAUCUUCAAAACACAAGAUUGAUCAAUUUUUGCCUGUCAUCUCCCCACAUUGAAGCUGCAGAUGGUUCUGCGAAUAUUCUGGAUAUUGCUGGACUUGACUGUGCUGUGCCUAGAGUUGUAGAAUCUUUUUGUCACAAUAGAUUUUGCUAG